AUGCAAGAAAGCAAUCUCACCCUUACCGACACAAUCAUCCAGAAGUAUUGCGACCUGCACGUAUUAUUCAGUGAGGGCGAAGAUCUGAUCCCGACUCCUCCUGAGGAUCUUUUUUACUCCGUUUUGUACAUUGUACUCUUCAUUGUUGGCUUCUUGGCGAAUAUAAUCGUUAUUGUAACUCUAGUGAAUCACCGCCAUGUUCUUAUUACUUCCGCUCAUCUCUACGUUCUUCAUCUUUCAAUAGCCGAUUUUAUUUUCCUUCUGAAUAUACCCCUAGCCACCCGCCUCCAUCCCGAACAGUGGCCUUUUCGAGGAAUUAUAGGGGAAGUGCUUUGCUACGUUCAUCGCUCCGCUGCCACCAUCAAUUUCAUCGUUUCAAUUGGCUUGCUCACAACUCUCGCUGUUGAUCGAUACUUAGUGCUCGUGAAGAAUGCGUGGAAAACGGUCAGGAUAAGAGUUGGAGAUGUUCACUGCUUCGCUUGUGACAGAACGAAGUCCCGUCCACCAAUGCUCGCCCAUCUCUAUGUUGCGGGAAUUUGGCUCUUUAGUUUGCUUCUGGCCACCCCCAACAUGAUGGCAACUAGCUACAGUGAAACAAACGAUACCGCCAAGUGCUCCGUAAAUUGGACUCUUAUGGACGCAUGGCUCCCUGAGUAUCCAAAGAACUCAGAGCUCGCGCUUGAAACUCAAGGAAAUGUCUCCUUCUACGUCUACGAUGAUGAAAGUCUUUACCUGCAGAAUCUCACUCACGAGGAUCCACUUUACUUUGGAUUUUCCGAUUUGGGGUCUUUCGGCAACGAAAGUGAUCUUCUUGAAAUGUUCGGUGGAACGACAGAGGAAGAGAACGAACUGCUCGAAGAGGCUGGCUGGAUAAAUAACACUGAUAGGUGUCGGGAAUUCAUCAAACAAGCGAAUGAGCAAUACGAGAAUUCAAUAUCCGACGCUCAAAUGUACCACCUCGAGCAAACUUACAGCUACUGCUCAGUGCCAGAGCCACGAUCAAGAAAAAUUUGGCUGUGGGUACUCUUUAUCAGCUGCUGCGUAAUUCCUGCAUUCGUGAUGAUCUUCUGCUACACGCGAUUCUGGUUCCGCGUGAAAAAAGUAACACGGGAUGUGCAAAACUUUCAAAAUUCGAAGCGACGAAACAAGAUGGAUUCAACGAGGAGACUCGCUAUUCUAGUGGCAGUGUUGUGCAGUUCAUUUUUCCUGUGCUGGACUCCAUUUCACGUGUUUCACAUUUUUCGAGCAACUGGAAUCAGCGUCAACAGUACAACUUGCGCAACUCUUCGCGAUGUCCUCUCAACGAUGGCCUACGUAAACGCCUGCCUCAAUCCUAUUCUUUACUCUUUUAUCGGAGCUCGUUUCCGCGACCGCGCAAGAUCCGUUCUGUUGGAAAAACCACUCCAGCUCAAGAGAAAGAUGAGCACGAACAUUUCUGAGGGCAACACGCAACUAACUCGCUUUUCAUCAAAUCGAGCAUCUUUUGCCUACAACUCAAGCAGGCUUUCAGACUCCUCGAGGGCUUCGAGCGAGUCUUCAAACAGUAAAGCUUUUCAAAAAGGGUCGAAAUCGACGGCUUUCCGUUCAAAAUCCGUUCCGAUUCCCGAAGAAACAUCCCUUCUCGGAGAAAUUUAUGAGAAUUCCUCGGCUGGCAAUCUUCCUCGUUCUUCUCAAUAA